AACUUUUCAGAGUCUCGUGAAUGAUAUAUUUGGCUUGAUUUUUUCCAGACGCUUGUGCUGACAUCAAUCGCCUCACAGAUUCAUGCUCUCUUUGCCUCGGCGGAGAAAUUGAGUUGGGUUGUGGUGGUGAUUGCUGUUGUUUUCCACUGAGUAUUGUGGUUUUAUUGGGGAGCUAUGGCUUCCAUGCUAAUUAACAGUUCACACUUUGCGACACGCGCAGUGAGUGGGGGUGAAGUGGCCUUUCUGGACAGGUUUCAGGGAUUGAGAAAGCAGUCAUUUGGAACAACGAAGAGUGGUUUGCGUGUGGGAAGGAAGGGGAAGGGGAGUAGUGAGGCUGUCAGGGUUGCUGUGCUUGUCCGUGCGACGAGUUAUCGUCCUGGGCGAUACGUGAAGGAAAAAGGUGGUAGCAUUAUACCUGUGUCGCCCGAGGAUGGCCGCAUCAACUUUUUGGAAGACGAGGUUAAAUUGCGCCUCUUUCAGGGUUUACCCGAUGAGAGCAGGGUUGGGAUGUGGGUCAAGCCCUCUUUUCAGCGUAAGACGAAGAUUGUGUGCACAAUUGGCCCUACAUCCAAUACGAAGGAGAUGAUCUGGAAGCUCGCGGAAGCUGGAAUGAAUGUGGCUCGGCUUAACAUGUCCCAUGGAGAUCACGCCUCGCAUAAGGAGGUGAUUGAUCUUGUGCGAGAAUUCAACAAAGAAGCGCACGCGAAUGUCAUUGCUCUCAUGUUGGAUACAAAGGGUCCAGAGGUUAGAAGUGGAGACCUGCCUCAGCCAAUUAUGCUGAAGAAGGGCGAUCCAUUCACCUUCACAAUUAAGCGCGGCGUGGGAACCGAUACCUGCGUGAGCGUUAACUACGAUGACUUUGUGACCGAUGUGGAAAUAGGCGAUACUUUGCUGAUUGAUGGAGGCAUGAUGUCGCUAGAGGUGAAGGGCAAGACCCACGAGGAAGUGUACUGUGAAGUGGUGGAUGGGGGUGAAUUGAAGUCCCGUCGUCACCUCAACGUGCGCGGAAAGAGUGCCACUCUACCCUCCAUUACCGAGAAGGAUUGGGAAGACAUUAAAUUUGGAGUAGAAAAUAAAGUUGAUUUCUACGCGCUGUCAUUUGUCAAGGACGCCCAGGUGGUGCAUGAGCUCAAAUCCUUUUUGAAAGAGAAGUCAGCUGACAUUCAUGUCAUUGUGAAGAUUGAAAGUGCGGAUUCGAUUCCCAAUCUACAAUCCAUUCUGGAUGCAGCUGAUGGUGCUAUGGUUGCCCGUGGUGAUCUUGGAGCCGAGCUGCCAAUUGAGGAGGUGCCUCUUCUCCAGGGAGAAAUUAUUAGAUCUUGCCGAGCCAUGGGAAAGCCAGUGAUCGUGGCUACGAACAUGCUUGAGAGCAUGAUCACUCACCCUACGCCCACACGAGCAGAAGUCUCAGACAUAGCCAUCGCUGUCCGUGAAGGUGCGGAUGCAAUUAUGCUUUCAGGGGAAACCGCUCAUGGAAAGUAUCCUUUGAAAGCUGUGCGAGUGAUGCACACUGUGGCCAUGCGCACAGAAGCAACCAUGCCAGAGGAGGAGGCCCCUGCUAACCUUGGUCGAGCCUUUAAGACUCAUAUGAGUGAAAUGUUCGCAUUUCAUGCCACUUUAAUGUCAAAUACAUUGGGGACUUCUAUACUGGUGUUUACACGAACGGGCUUUAUGGCUCUGUUAUUGAGCCAUUACCGUCCAGUUGGUACUAUCUUCGCUUUCACAAACGAUAAGAGAGUGCAAUCGAGAUUGGCUCUUUACCAUGGUGUAAGAGCUAUACACAUUAAAUUCACAAACGACGCGGAGGAGACGUUUAAUUAUGCGCUCAGCAUACUGCAGAAAAAAGGUAUGGUCCAAGAUGGCGAAGAGGUUGCUUUGGUGCAAAGUGGAAAACAGCCCAUUUGGAGAUCAGAGUACUCUCACCAUAUUCAAGUGCGCAAAGUACGAGCGUGAUUUAAAAACUUGGCAUUUUGUCUCGUUCCUCAGGUCGUCAACAUUAAAGAACGCCUAACUGUGUCAUACUAGUGACUAUUCCUGUUCUUGUACUAUGUAUCCAUAUUACCUCUAUCAUGUAAUAGUAUGUUCAUACCACCAAGUAUCCAUACCCCAUUUUGUUAUCGCAGCUCCUCAUUUUUGUUCGGCAUGUCAAGGCUUGGACUCAGAGAGCAUGACUAGUGUGUACCUAGUAAAGUUUACUUCUGUGUAGGACAAGACAUCACACAAGUUCCACUUGCAACUGCCCGGUGAAUUUAUGUCUUUUUUGUGUGUGUUGCACUUGAAAUGAACUUGCUUAAGCCUUGUCUGAA